AUGAGUUUUGCUGAAGAAAAGGAAUUGAGAGAAGUGUUUUCAAUUAAAAAAGAAUAAUUUAAUGUAGAAAUUAGAAAGAGGAAGAGAAAUAAUUAGCUUGAGAGAAGUAGACAAAGGAUAUUGAGUACUUCUGAUAAAGUUGAAUUCUUUAGUACAAUAUCUACACAUUUUAAGCAAUAAUCAUUGGAGCAGUAAGAAGAUAGCAUCAUUUUAACUGAGUAAAUUGAGAAUGAAGAAUACCAGUUAAUUUAAAAUAAAUUUAAUCAGCUUUAGGAAUAUUUUGAGACUAAAAAAAAUAAUAUGGACAUUCUUUUAUUAGUAAUUGAUAUUAAAAAAAUGCUAAAAUAGGGCAAUAAAUAUAUUUCGAAAUGUUCAAAUAAAAACGCAGCACAAGUUGUCAGUUUAUUUAAAUAAUUUUGUUUUUCUAGUUAACAACUUCAGGAUGCUAACUAAAUAUAGAAUAUUCUACUUAAUUUAAGUCAUAUUUUAUUUUAAAUGUCAACCACUUAAGAUCUUCCUUUCGCGAUUAUCGAUGAAGGAUAGAUUGAACUAUUUGAAAGUUUACUUUCUCAUUAAAAUGUUUAGAUAGUUUAGACAGGAACAAGUAUUUUGUGUAAUUGUGUUUAUUCGUUUCCAGAACAAAUAAAAUAUAUUAUUGAAUCAAAUUUGUUCUAUUACUUUAGGAUUAUCUUAUUAAACAAGUAAUCUUCGUUUUAGAUAUAGUUCAUUUUAUUAAAGCUGAUUGGAUAGUACUUUAUAGAUGUAUAAAAUGAGUAAAGAUAGAGAGAUUGUAUUUAACUUCUUUUUGAGUGGCUUCCAAGUGUCGAAAAGAAUUAAAAUGAUGCAGAAUUAAUCUGCAUUGUUUGUAAUAAUUUAUGCGAGUAUUCUAUUUUAAGUUUAUUUUUAUAAGAAGCGGCAUCAAAUUCUUAAUUUAUAGCAAAACUAUAAAAGUUGAUUCGUUUUUAUAAAAAGAAAAACAAAAAUGUAAUUUAGAGAGUCCUCGAAGUAUUGAAUGAAGUUCUUGAAAAGUAAUUCAAAGCUGUAAGUAUUUAUCUCGAAUCAGAUUUGGUUAAAAAUUUGGCUGUCCUUUGCAAUUCAAGUGAUAAUUAUACAUCUGAAAAAUCUUAUUAUAUAUUAUCUAAUUUAGUUGCUGAUUCAGUAGACUACGCAAUUUCUAUUUCUUCUAACAAAAAAAUAUUAAAAUCUUUGAUAACUAAUUUGCAAAGGUGCAACUUAGGAAUAGCCCUCGAAAUACUCUACCUAAUCCGAAACAUAAUACUUAAAAUUCAAUUAUUGGAAGAUAUUUACAGUUUCAUUAACAACUGUUCAUUAUUUUAAGUGUUUAGAUUAGCUUUUAACAACUUCUACCAUGGCUUAGAAGUCCAAAGACCAAUCAUAUGGAGCCUACUUUUAUUGAUCUAGUAUUCUGAGCUGGAUUUCGAAGAAUAGCUUACAUAAUUUACUAUAACACAAAUAUACAAAAAUAAUAUUUUUGAAGUAGUAUAAAACUGCAUUACUUCAUAAGAUGAGCAGAUUAGUUAGAGCUCUUCCUAAAUAGUUGAAAAAAUGCAAUAAUUUGAAAAUAGGUAUUUAAAUUGA